AUGUAUUUGUAUGUACACUUCCCAAUUUUACCUCUUUGUAAUCUAAACAAUGGCACUCUACUUUGCCCAAUCAAGGAUACCGAUAUCUUCAAACUGUGUAUGUGUGUGUUGUGUGUUGUGUUAGUGAUCUACAUGCCCGCCCCAUUAUACCAACCAUCCCCCAUCCUUCCAUCCAUCCAUCAAUCCAUCCAAUGCCCCCCUCUCUGUGCCCACUCACCACUGCCGUCAACCCGCAAUGUGGAAACCGCGAUGAUCCCAUCCUACAGCCAGGGUCUGCCCGCCCUCAAGGCUGCCGUGCCCACCGCCAUCUGCUCGGCCAACGCAGUCGGCAACAACAACUUUGGUGACAAGUCCGGAAUGUCCAUCCCCAACAACUGGAAGGCCACCAAGAUCAGCGCCCCAGCCGGCUCCAACAGCGUCAACAUCACCUUCACCUUCUGUGCCACCGCCGCCCACGUCCCCAACUACUGGGAGUUCUACGUCACCGUGCCAACCUUCAACGCCCAAGUCGAUGCCGUGUCCUGGGACAACGUCGUCUUGCUCAAGACCGUCGACAACCUGCAGCCAGUCUCUGGCACCUACGCCGGAUGCAGCGCCAGCCAAUUGUUCAAGACCACCCUCACCGUUCCAAACCGUUAUGCUCAAGGUGUUAUCGUCUCCCGUUUCCAGAGAAAGGAUCCAGCUGGAGAGUGUUUCAUCAACUGCUCUGACUUCGUCACUGUCAAGACUGCC